UUGUUUACUGGCGCGCGCACACACAGGAUCCUCACAGAGACGGGAAUAUAUCUAUUCAGUAGCUAACGUUACAACCAUCGUCAGAAAAAACUUUUUUUCUUGUAUUUUGCUUUUACGUUCCCCGUAGUGAUCCACGAGUAACCGAAUGUUGAAGGCGAGCCAGAGACUUGUGCUGAAUCAGCGAGACCCAACACAACUGUUUGAGCCAGCUCAGAAAUACCCGCGUGUCUGUGGAGUACCUGGACUGAAAAUCUCGCCCAAAUCUCAGUUUCUGGCUGCAGUUUUUUUUUUAGCAGACGCCUCCAUAACCUCAGACGUCUCGGAAGUUGUUGUACAAAUGACUCAACUGUUGUUGAAUGACAGGAGCAUCGUUAGGAGCCAAAACGUGUUACCGAAAGGAAACAACUGCGCGUGAAGAAGCCAGGUGACCCGUAAACGGAAAAAGCUCGCUGUCAGCAGGGACAUAGAGUACAAUUCAGCCAAAGAGCGAGACCAUUAUUUUGGUUAACCCACAAGUCUUUAAACGGUUGUGCACUAAAAAAGUUCGCGAAGCUCUUGUGCUCAGUUUCGGCCUGCGCUUGUGCGCGCGACCGUGCUUCUCCCGUUUUCCUUUUUUUCAACGCUUAACGCAAUCUGCGCAAGAGCUUUCUGAAUCUAUGCAAUCGAUCGGAAAUGAAGAUUCGUCUGCACGUCGUACGCGAUGCUAUCUGCAUACAUUGUUGCUUUUGUAGACUGUUUUACUUUGAAUGAAAGUCGCGACACGCGCUGUCUUUAGCUCGGUGCGCGUUCUCCUCAUAGCAUAGUAGCAUCGAUAGGCAGCAGUGUUCUGUGCGCGCGACCGCAGCGCAGCAGCUCGAGCGGAUUGAACACGUUGGACUUUCCUCCGCCCAUUUUUUCAAAGGGGGUGACAGAAGGAUUUUUCCCUUUUCUUUUUUAAUUUUAUCUUUCAAAACAACGCCGGUGUAUUAAAACAGAUCGUUCCCCGAACGGAGACGCAUUUGUAGGGGACUUUGGACGGAUUUUGCCUUCCCCUGAGGUCAAAAUGCGGCUGCGGACUUUGAUUGUUUUGGUGGCGUCUGUCUACACUGUUUGCAACUGUCAACAAACAAAUGGAGAAAUUUGCUCGAGUAAAAACAUCAAAAAUAAUGUGACCAACCUGCGGGUGCUGGAGAACUGCACCGUGAUCGAAGGCCACCUAAAGAUCCUGCUCAUGUUCAGCACUAAACCGGACGAUUUCCGCGGCCUGUCUUUUCCCAAACUGACGGUGGUGACGGACUACCUGCUCCUUUUCCGUGUCUACGGGCUGGAGAGCCUCAGCGACCUGUUUCCUAAUCUCGCUGUGAUCCGGGGCAACAACCUCUUCUUCAACUACGCCCUGGUGCUGUUCGAGAUGCUCCAGCUAAAGGAGAUAGGCCUUCACAGCCUGAUGAACGUCACGCGAGGAGCCGUGCGUGUAGAGAAGAACCCCGACCUCUGCUACCUCUCCACCCUCGACUGGUCGAAGAUCCUUGACUCCAUGGAGGACAACUACAUCGAGGCCAAUAAAAACGACAGGGAGUGUGGAGACGUGUGCCCCGGCACAGCUCAGGGCAAGACUACCUGCCCCCUCACCACCAUCAAUGGGGACUUUGGCGAGCGUUGCUGGAACCAGAAGCACUGCCAGAGAAUGUGUCCGUCCUCAUGCAAGCACCGUUCCUGCACUAAAGACAACCGCUGCUGUCAUGAGCAGUGUCUGGGUGGCUGCUUGGAGCCAAACUCCACUAGCAAAUGCGUGGCCUGUCGCAACUACAUGCACAAUAACACGUGCGUUGAGAGAUGCCCGCCUGGCUUCUUCACCUUCAAGGGCUGGCGCUGCGUCAACUUCAGCUUUUGCCAGGAGCUCCACAACAAGUGCAAGCAGAGCAAAGGUGACUGCCACGAGUACGUCAUCCACGACGGUGCCUGCAUCCCAGAGUGCCCUUCAGGGUACACCACUGUAAACUCUACAACGUUAAACUGCUCGCCCUGCGCUGGCCUCUGCCCUAAAGUGUGUAUGGGACAGAAGACCGUGGACUCGGUCACAGCGGCUCAGGCUUUGAGAGGAUGCACCGUGCUUAACGGCAGUUUGGUCAUUAACGUCCGCGGAGGAAAUAACAUAGCAGCAGAGCUGGAAGCUAAUCUGGGUCAACUAGAGGAGAUCACAGGUUACCUUACAGUGCGACGGUCCUAUGCCCUUGUCUCGCUCUCUUUCCUCCGCAAGCUCCGAGUCAUCCGCGGAGAGACACGAGAAUCCACGAACUAUUCGUUCUACGCCUUUGAUAACCAGAACCUGCGUCAGCUGUGGGACUGGUCCAAACACAACCUCACCAUCCCGCAGGGUCGCAUGUUCUUCCAACACAACUCCAAGCUUUGCAUGUCAGAGAUCCGGAAAAUGGAAGAGGUGACGGGCACUAAGGGCCGGCAGAUAAACACUGACAUCACUUCUAAGACCAAUGGAGAUCAGGCAUCAUGUGAGAGCAAGGUGUUGAAUUUCACUCAGAUCCGCACCCUUUCAGACAAGAUCAUGAUUAAAUGGGAGGCUUUCUGGCCGCCGGAUUUUCGGGACCUGCUGGGGUUCAUGGUUUUGUAUAAAGAGGCGCCAUACAAAAAUGUGACCGAGUUUGACGGUCAGGACGCGUGUGGCACUAACAGUUGGGUAAUAGCAGACGUGGAUCCUCCGUCUCGCGCCACAGAUGGAAAGGAUCAGCAGGAGCCCGGACACCUCAUCUUCCCUCUGAAGCCGUGGACGCAGUACGCCAUCAUGGUGAAGACCCAGCUGUCUGCUUCUGAUGAGCAUCAGGUCCACGGAGCGAAGAGCGAGAUAAUCUACGUCCGCACCAAUGCUACCAAACCUUCUGUGCCCUUGGACCCCAUAUCUUCAUCUAACUCCUCAUCUCAGAUCAUACUCAAGUGGAAGCCCCCGAAUGACCCAAACGGAAACAUCACACACUAUCUGGUCUUCUGCCAGCAGCAACCAGAGGCCAGCGAGCUCUAUAAGUUCGACUACUGCCAGAAAGGUAUGAAGCUGCCCACCAGAGCCCCUACAAAGGUGGAUAAUGAAGAGGAACAGAAGUGGAACCAGACGGAGGAGCAGGGUCAGGCCAAACUCUGCUGCGCGUGUCCUAAAACCGAGAAACAGCUGAAAAAAGAGGCGGAGGAGUCUGAAUACCGCAAAACCUUUGAAAACUACCUUCAUAAUGAAGUGUUUGAGCUCAGACCAUCAAGACAACGCAGAUCUCUAAUGGGCGUGGCCAAUAAGACUUCCUCUCAUUUAUUCACCACGCCCGCUUCACUGCCCAAUGGCUCGGCCACACGUAGCCCAGAAGAGGAAGCAGAGGCCAACAAGAUCUCGUUUCGGGUUUUCGCCAAGGAGUUCACUGUCAUCUCCAAUCUGCGGCAUUUCACCAGCUACCAGAUAGAAAUACACGCCUGUAACCAUCCGACUGAGCCCACUCGCUGCAGCAUGGCAGCCUACGUCAGCGCCCGCACCAUGCCUGAAGAAAAGGCAGAUGAUAUCGUGGAGCCAAUUACAUAUGAAGUGUCCGAAUACUCCGUACACAUCAAGUGGAAAGAACCUAAGGAUCCCAACGGCAUGAUCAUCCUCUAUGAAGUCCAUUACAAGAGACUGGGAGAUACAGAGGAGCUGCACCAUUGCGUGUCCAGGAAGAAUUACAUUGCAGACGGAGGCUGCAAGCUGAGAGUGGUGCAUCCUGGGAAUUACACGGUGCGAAUCAGAGCCACCUCUCUGGCGGGCAAUGGAUCAUGGACGGAGCAAACACACUUCUACGUGCAGGACCUACGUGUGGACCCAUCAAACAUGCUGAAAAUUGUGAUUGGCCCGGUGAUCUGUGUGUUCCUGCUGCUGCUAAUGGGAGGGGCGGGAUUUUUCAUGUUCAAAAAGAAGCAAACAGAGGGGCCGACAGGACGGCUUUACACCUCACCCAAUCCUGAAUAUUUCAGCCCAGAUGAGGUGUAUGAGCCAGAUGAAUGGGAAGUGCCUCGUGAAAAGAUUAAUCUGUUGCGUGAGCUGGGCCAGGGAUCUUUCGGCAUGGUGUACGAGGGCAUUGGAAAAGACAUAGUUAAAGGUGAACCGCAGACCAGCGUGGCGGUGAAGACCGUAAAUGAGUCGGCCAGCCUCAGGGAGAGGAUCGAGUUCCUCAAUGAAGCUUCUGUGAUGAAGGCUUUCAGCUGCCAUCAUGUGGUGAGGCUGCUGGGUGUGGUUUCUAAAGGCCAGCCCACACUGGUGGUGAUGGAGCUCAUGACACAUGGAGAUUUAAAGAGUUACCUGCGUUCCCUCAGACCAGACUCAGAGAAUAACCCCGGUCGGCCUCCUCCGACACUGAAGGAGAUGAUUCAGAUGGCAGCGGAGAUCGCAGAUGGCAUCGCUUACUUGAACGCUAAGAAGUUUGUGCACAGAGAUCUCGCUGCCAGGAACUGCAUGGUGGCCGAAGACCUUACCGUAAAAAUUGGAGAUUUUGGCAUGACAAGAGACAUUUACGAGACAGAUUACUACAGGAAGGGUGGGAAGGGCCUGCUUCCUGUGAGAUGGAUGGCCCCCGAGUCGCUGAAGGACGGGGUCUUCACAGCCAACUCGGACUGCUGGUCGUUUGGAGUGGUGUUGUGGGAGAUCAGUACUCUGGCCGAGCAGCCCUACCAGGGACUGUCCAAUGAACAGGUCUUAAAGUUCGUGAUGGAUGGUGGAUACCUUGACAGGCCAGACAACUGCGCAGACAGAUUGCAUACUCUGAUGCAAAUGUGCUGGCAUUACAAUCCCAAAAUGAGGCCCAGUUUCCAAGAAAUCAUUGAGAUGCUCCGUGAGGAUCUGCAUCCGUCGUUUCAGGAGGUCUCGUUCUACUACAGCGAAGAGAACAAACCACCCGAGACGGAAGAGUUUGACAUGGACAUGGAGAACAUGGAGAGCAUCCCAUUGGACCCAUCCUCAUACUCUCAGAGGGAGAGCUGUUUAGACGGGGACGAGGGCUCCUCCGUGGGCUUGCGAGGGAGUUACGAGGAGCACGUGCCGUACACGCAUAUGAACGGCAAGAAAAACGGACGCAUCUUAUCUUUACCCCGAUCUAACCCCUCCUAAUAUUAUCUUUAACCCCUGCGAGCAAGAUUAGAUUUAACCCUUUCUACAGUAGACUCAUUUCUCUCAUGCUCUAGAUCAGAAGCCCCUCAGAAAGCAAACUCAGGACUUUGGUUUUCUUCUCGUCGCCUCCCCAUGACGACGAUACGGGGUGCGGGCGUCGUUUUUGUAUUUAAAGAAGAAAACGUUCAUCAUCUGCUUCUUUCCUGUCAUCUUUUUUACUUGUUUAUAAUUGCCAAGUUUCAAUGACUGGUCAAAUGGAACAAACUGUGAAAUUAACCUCAUACAACCAGAAGGCUGCUUUAAACGUCAUGUUAUCUCCUCACCCGCCAACCAGUUCUCAGACUCUCUCCAAUAACCUAGAAGAAAUUAAGAAAAAAAAGUGACCUUACUUGGGUUUUUUAGCCUGUGUCAGUACAACGUGGAGUUAUGUCCGAGUCUAUGGGCGUUGGUGGCAAACCUGUUGAACUUGGGAACUGUAGGAUGACCCGUAUUGUCCUUUCCAAGAACAAACUCUUUACAGGGGGAGGACACUGCUUUCUACCUGCUACUCAGUAUUCUUGACUGCACACAGAUUUUUGGAAUCAUUUUUUAUUUAUUUGCUUACCUGUGCUUUGUUUUCCUCUUUUGUUUUUCCUGGUGUUCACACAUUUACAGCUGAAGGAUAUUUAAACUGUUUUCAGGACUAAAAAGAGUUCCUCAGAUUGACCAAUAGUUGCUGCUUUGAUAUAUUUUAGUGGGUAUAGAUGAUGAUGAUGAUGAUGAGGAGGAUGAUAAAAGUAUAUAUAUAUAUAUAUAUAAAUAUAUUGAUGUUUUUGUACAUAGCUGUCAUUCAAGAGUUAUUGCUGGUUGUAGAAAUGUUUUUACAUGUUUGUCUUGAAUCUUUAUUUUUUCUAAUCCAAAAAAAAAUCAUACUAAUCCUGGACCUCUGAUCAGCCAGCAGCUCCUAGGUGCACAGGAGUAUUGUAAAGUCAUGGGCUUCGGAUGUCAAAUCUUGAUAUCGAUUGAAAUAGCUGCUGUAAAUAAAGCAGUGAGGUGCAUUCAACGAAUGGAAAGAUGUGUUUCUCUGUCGUUCUUUUUGUGGGUCUGUCACGCAGCGAAACGGAAACUCUCAAGUGACAUUUCUUGGGAAGUAUUUGUGCACGGGUGUUGAAACUAGCAGUCACUAAAAUAUCACAGAACAUUUUUCAGGAACUGACCGGGAAAUGUACAAUAUUCACUGUAUAUGGAUCACAAACCAUAACUUUAUCAUAGAUAAAAGUGUUCACAUGCAUUGCAUUCACACAACAUUUGUGGUGAUAAACUGUGGACAGAAACAUAGCAAAAUUACAGAUGUGUACUGUACUUGCAAUUCCAGCAUUACUAAUGUGACGGUUUCAGUCAAAAUUAAAACUUUAUAUUUUCCUGAAUCCUUUAAGAGUCCAGACGUCAGAAAAAUGUCAGUCUGUGCUCGUGUUUUUUGUUUUAGACAAGGGAAAUAUAUACAUGUUAUGUAUGUGCCAAAUAAAGGACACGUUUUUUUUUUGGAGACAACUUACUUUGUAGAAAUUCUGUGAAUUAAAGGUGCCAAAUAAUGCA